UAGACCAAGGUAUUUUCUGAACCAGGAAACGCUCAGAUUCCUCUCAACAAUUGAGUCCGAGCAUAACUGCAUACGAAUACACUAAUGACGAUGGAUUUACACAUAUCGACGCAUUUAUUGGGAUAGUGAGGGAAUAGAGAGCAUCAAUAGAUUUGGUUACAAUUGUCUUAUAGUGAAUACACAUUGCGGUAAGAUUUGAACUGUGUCCGUCUAGCCUUAUCAUGUCAGACAUAUUAAUCUUGGCAUUUGUGAUAUCUAUUCUAUCUCAUGGAUAUUAUGUCGGAGCAAGUGUCAGGUCUGCGAGGGAUGAGGUGAAUUUAGAGUCUGUAAAUCUGAAUGUAGACCUCUCUCGAGUACUCAAGAGAGUGAACGAACGUUUUUUGUCUGUGGCCAUAGAUGCGAGUCUAGUCGCUGAAGAGAAGUUCAUGUACCUUUUAACGUGAGUAUUACUAUUUUUGUGUUUCAUAAAACGAUUGCCUUAUUAUUUUUUAACCACCAGACUACCAUUAGAUUAAAAACAAUUAGGUUCUAUCAUUUUUUUUGUUGUUGGCAUAACAGCAACAGUUCAGAGACACCUCGGGCGUACUCAUUACGCCGACAAUGUUGUAAAACGUUUGUUAAACAAGCAAAUGGAACGAAAUGGGGAGGGACCUACCUGAAUUUGUCCAAUAGAAACUAUUAUUUUAGUUGCAAAACAACUGUUUGGACUAAUGAUUACACCCCAGUUGAAAAACGUUUUGCAACAGACAACCGUUUACUCUAGGAUCCACCAAACGGAAUGAGCUGAAUGUGUCCAAGAGAAACUCUCGUUUUUGUUGCAAAACGUUUUCCGUUUGGAGUAAACGUUUCUGUUGCAAAAGUUUUGCAACAGACAACGUUUUGCAACGGAAUCUGACUAAUGAAUACACUCCAGCUCAACUUACUCUUCCAAAACUGCAUAAAUACUGAACUAAACCUUCUUUCAUUCCACCAGGUCUCCAAAGCUGAGGACAUUGGCAAAAGCUUUAACCCCAGCAUUUCUGAGAUUUGGAGGGACAAGACAAGAUUUCAUGACCUUCAACCCUGCAUUUUUACAUUCAAAUGAGUAUCACAAAAACUCUGUUUUUGAUGCAGGUAAAUAUGGCAUACAUUGUCACACAUUUCAACUGCUUACUAGUCAUAUUACCACAGACAGUCAUAUCUCAUAUAUAGCACCAGCAGCUCUUGUGAUGUGAGUGUGUGUGGUUUGAUUGUGGUCACUUACUUCCUCAGCACGAUUCCUGUUUUGCAUUAAUGAGACUGAGAGAAGGAACAGUAUGUUGAUUCACACAGAGUCAGCUUGAAUGCGCACAGUAGACCAGGCAGAUCUCAAACAAUAUCAUGAGUUUGAGGUAAAUCUUAGGUCAUCAGCUUCUGAGUGACUCACAGCCACUUGUUUUCUUACUCCUGCUUUCUAUUCUGCUGUCAGAUGAUCUCUGUGAAAGGCUAGAGCUGCCCCCAUUACUGGAGGAGAGGCUGAAGCAGGAAUGGGCUCUACAGGAAGUACUUCUCCAGAAAGAGGACUUGCAGAGGAAAUACCGGAGUGUAAAGUUCACAGGUAUGAGCAAUGGUUAUGAUGCAGGCAGCAUCAGUCUAGUUCACAAUCGACUGACUCAUUUGAUUAGCUAACCACCCAUUUUCCCUUGAGCAAAUAGUCUGAAAGAAGAAAACAUUUAAAAUAUGUUUUUUUCCCUGGCAGAAUAUGCAGUGGAUCUGCUGUACUCUUUUACAAACUGCUCUGGAUUAGACCUCAUCUUUGGGCUCAACGAGCUGCUCAGGACCACUGUCAACUCCUGGGACAGCAGCAAUGCCAGGACCCUCAUACAGUACUGUGAAUCCAAACAGUACAGCAUGUCCUGGGAGCUGGGCAAUGGUAACAAUUGCAGUUUGGUUCAUUGAUUGAAUUGACUAAACAAUUAAAUACGUCAGCUACACACCAAUACAAUGGCAGCACAUACAGUACCAGUCAAAAGUUUGGACACACCUACUCAUUCAAGGGUUUUUCUUUAUUUUCUACAUUGUACAAUAAUAGUGAAGACAUCAAAACUCUGAAAUAACACAUAUGGAAUCAUGUAGUAAACAAAAAAGUGUUAAGCAAAUUUGAGAUUCUUCAAAGUAGCCACCCUUUGCCUUGAUGACAGCUUUGCACACUCUUGGCAUUCUCUCAACCAGCUUCACCUGGAAUGCUUCCCACAUAUGCUGAGCACUUGUUGGCUGCUUUUCCUUCACUCUGCGGUCCGACUCAUCCCAAACCAUCUCAAUUGGGUGGAGGUCGGGGGAUUGUGGAGGCCAGGUCAUCUGAUGCAGCACUCCAUCACUCUCCUUCUUGGUAAAAUAGCCCUUACACAGCCUGGAGGUGUGUUGGGUCAUUGUCCUGUUGAAAAACAAAUGAUAGUCCCACUAAGCCCAAACCAGAUGGGAUGGCGUAUCGCUGCAGAAUGCUGUGGUAGUCAUGCUGGUUAAGUGUGCCUUGAAUUCUAAAUAAAUCACAGACAGUGUCACCAGCAAAGCACCCAGACCAAAGGACACUUUUCCACCGGUCUAAUGUCCAUUGCUCGUGUUUCUUGGCCCAAGCAAGUCUCUUCUUUUUGUUGGUGUCCUUUAGUAGUGGUUUCAUUGCAGCAAUUCCACCAUGAAGGCCUGAUUCACACAGUCUCCUCUGAACAGUUGAUGUUGAGAUGUCUGUUACUUGAACUCUGUGAAGCAUUUAUUUGGGCUGCAAUUUCUGAGUCUGGUAACUCUAAUGAACUUAUUCAAUGCAGCAGAGGUAAUUCUAGGUCUGCCAUUCCUGUGGCGGUCCUCAUGAGAGCCAGUUUCAUCAUAGCACUUGAUGGUUUUUGCGACUGCACUUGAAGAAACUUUAAAAGUUAUUGAAAUGUUCAGGAUUGACUGACCUUCAUGUCUUAAAGUAAUGGUGGACUGUUGUUUCUCUUUGCUUAUUUGAGCUGUUCUUGCCAUAAUAUGGACUUGGCCUUUUACCAAAUAGGGCUAUCUUCUGUGUACCUCCCCUAUCUUGUCACAGCACAACUGAUUGGCUCAAACGCAUUAAGGAGGAAAGAAAUUGAAAUGCAUUCCAGGUGACUACCUCAUGAACCUGGUUGAGAGAAUGCCAAGAGUGUGCAAAGCUGUCAUCAAGGCAAAGGGUGGCUACUUUGAAGAAUCUCAAAUUUAUUUAACACUUUUUUGGUUACUACAUGAUUCCAUGUGUUAUUUCAUAGUUGUGAUGUCUUCACUAUUAUUCUACAAUGUAGAAAAUAGUAAAAAUUAAGAAAAACCCUUGAAUGAGCAGCUGUAUCCACAUUUUUGACUUUUACAAAUCAUCAAGGAUAACAUAAAGUCUGACUUAUGUACCUCUUAAAAAUCCUGUCUCCAUUCAUAUCAGAGCCCAACAGUUAUGAAAAGAAGGCAGGGAUCCGGGUGGACGGAUACCAGCUGGGCCAGGAUUUCGUUCAACUCCGCAAGAUUCUGCGGGAAUCCAAACUUUACCAUGACACUGGAGUCUAUGGACCAGACAUUACCCAACCCCGAGACCACUCGAGAGACUUACUGGAGGGGUGAGAGUUUGGCCCUUUAUAUGUAGGUUAUACAUAAAGUAGUCCCAAUAUAGUCCUGUUGAACAUGAUGGUGUACUAACUAAAGCAAUAGUAUUGGAAGUCUCCUCGGUCAAAGUAAGAAACAUAUUUUCCCAAACAUGAAUAGGUUGUUGUUAACUAGAAAACGACUAAAGCAAAGAAAGUAUUAAUUAUUAUUAAUUAAAAGAUUAUUCUACAAUUGAAUUACGACAUGACCUGUCUAUAUUCAUGGUUAAAUAUCACUUCCAAUGCAAUGGGAGACUAAACCCUGAAUAAUAGGCCACUUUGAUUUAGACUGGUUUGUCCAGUUUAUGGGCGUUUUCUGUCUUUUCACAGCCGUAUUAUACAAUAAGGACAGAGUUGUAUUACUGCUUCUCUCAAUUACCUCCAGCUACUGCAUGUCUAUACCCAAUACUCUGGUUCAAACCUAAACUGUUAAUAAUAACACCAACUCAUAUCUAAAAGGCACAAAGUAAAUCAAACAUUUCCUGUCUCUUUUCCCUAUUGGGAAAACUCCUUUAUGUUUUACAGUGUAUGGGACAAACUCUCAACCCUUCCAGUGUGUCUCAGGUGGUCUCAGGGCUGGUUAACGUUGGGUCAAUAGAUUAUUCUCACAUAACUACCAAUCAUGUGGGAUAUUAUAUAUUUAUAUACAGUGCCUUCAGUAUUCAGACCAUUUUACUUUUUCCACAGCAAUCUACGUAUGACACCCCAUAAUCACAAAGCGAAAAUAGGUUUUUAGAAUGUUUUACAAAUUUAUUAAAUAUAAAAAACAGAAAUACCUUAUUUACAUAAGUAUUCAGACGCUUUGCUAUGAGACUCGAAAUUGAGCUCAGGUGCAUCCUUUUUCCAUUGAUCAUCCUUGAGAUGUUUCUACAACUUGAUUGGAGUCCACCUGGGAUAAAUUCACUUGAUUGAACAUGAUUUGAAAAGGUACACACCUGUCUAUGUAAGGUCCCACAGUUGACAGUGUAUGUCAGAGUAAAAACCAAGCCAUGAGGUGGAAGGAAUGGUCCAUAGAGCUCCGAGACAGGAUUGUGUCGAGGCACAGAUCUGGGGAAGGGUACCAAAAAAUGUCUGCAGCAUUGAAGGUCUCCAAGAACACAGUUACUACAUGGAAGCAUGUAGUAACCAAAAAAGUGUUAAACAAAUCAAAAUAUAUUUGAGAUUCUUCAAACUUGCCACCAUUUGCUUUGAUGACAGCUUUGCACACUAUUAACAAUCAUAUCCUAUUUACUUUUCAUAGGUUCUUGGAGAGUGGGGCAGAAGCGAUUGAUGCAUGCACCUGGCACCAGUAAGUUGAACUGUCUGUCCUCACCUAGCACACAGUGAUUGAUCAGAUGUCACAUGUUGCUGCUUUUGACUUUGACACACAGACACUGAACAAACACAGGGUUAGUUUAUCAGUGUGCUUGGGAGGUUGGGCACGUGGGGUUGUCACAAGGGGAAAGCGGAACUGUUUGUAAAGGCUUGCACAUGAGUCUGUCAGAUGAGGGAUGUACUUUUCAGUCUGAACACCGUAGAAUAUGUACAUUAGGUUUAUUUUCAUUCUUUAAUCACAGACAUUUUACUGAUACAUUUAUGUUUAUGUCGUGUCACUUUGAUAUGAAGAACUGAUCUUUAAUUGUCUAUUCUGUCUUUUUAUUAGUUACUAUGUCAACGGAAGACAAACGUCUUUAGAAGAUUUCCUAGACCCUGAGGUGCUAAACACUUUAGCCCUGAAAACACGUGAAGUCAUGGAGGUAAUGAAAAGAUGUGUUAAUACAUGUCUAAUCAUAGUAUUUACAGUUGAAGUCGGAAGUUUACAUACACUUAGGUUGGAGUCAUUAAAACUCAUUUUUCAACCACUUCACAAAUUACUUGUUAACAAACUAUAGUUUUGGCAAGUCGGUUAGGACAUCUACUUUGUGCAUGACACAAGUAAUCUUUCCAACAAUUGUUUACAGACAGAUUAUUUCACUUAUAAUUUUUACAUUUUAGUCAUUUAGCAGACGCUCUUAUCCAGAGCGACUUACAGUUAGUGAGUGCAUACAUUUUUUCAUACUGCCCCCCCGUGGGAAACGAACCCACAACCCUGGCGUUGCAAGUGCCAUGCUCUACCAACUGAGCUACACGGGGCCAUAAUUCACUGUAUCACAAUUCCAAUGGGUCAGAAGUUUACAUACACUAAGUUGACUGUGCCUUUAAACAGCUUGGAAAACUCCAGAAAAUGAUGUCAUGGCUUUAGAAGCUUCUGAUAGGCUAAUUGACAUAAUUUGAGUCAAUUGGAGGUGUACCUGUGGAUAUAUUUCAAGGCCUACCUUCAAACUCAGUGCCUCUUUGCUUGACAUCAUGGGAAAAUCAAAAUAAAUCAGCCAAGACCUCAGAAAAAAAAUUGUAGACACAAUUCUGGUUCAUCCUUGGGAGCAAUUUCCAAACGCCUGAAGGUACCACGUUCAUCUGUACAAACAAUAGUACGCAAGUAUAAACACCAUGGGACCAUGCUGCCGUCAUACCGCUCAGGAAGGAGACGCGUUAUGUCUCCUAGAGAUUAACGUUCUUUGGUACGAAAAGUGCAAAUCAAUCCCAGAACAACAGCAAAGGACCUUGUGAAGAUGCUGGAGGAAACAGGUACAAAAGUAUCUAUAUCCACAGUAAAACCAGUCCUAUAUCGACAUAACCUGAAAGGCCGCUCCGCAAGGAAGAAGCCACUGCUCCAAAACCGCCAUAAAAAAGCCAGACUACGGUUUGCAACUGCACAUGGGGACAAAGAUCAUACUUUUUUGAGAAAUGUCCUCUGGUCUGAUGAAACAAAAAUAGAACUUUUUGGCCAUAAUGACCAUCAUUAUGUUUGGAGGAAAAAGGGGGAUGCUUGCAAGCCGAAGAACACCAUCACAAUCGUGAAGCACGGGGGUGGCAGCAUCAUGCUGUGGGGGUGCUUUGCUGCAGGAGGGACUUGUGCACUUCACAAAAUAGAUGGCAUUAUGAGGAAGGAAAAUUAUGUGGAUAUAUUAAAGCAACAUCUCAAGACAUCAAUCAGGAAGUUAAAGCUUGCCCCAAGCAUACUUCCAAAGUUGUGGCAAAAUUGCUUAAGGACAACAAAGUCAAGGUAUUGGAGUGGCUAUCACAAAGCCCUGACCUCAAUCCUAUAGAAAAUGUGUGGGCAGAAUUGAAAAAGCGUGUGCGAGCAAGGAGGCCUACAAACCUGACUCAGUUACACCAGCUCUGUCAGGAGGAAUGGGCCAAAAUUCACCCAACGUAUUGUGGGAAGCUUGUGGAAGGCUACCCAAAAAGUUUGAUCCAAGUUAAACAAUUUAAAGGCAAUGCUACCAAAUACUAAUUGAGUGUAUGUAAACUUCUGACCCACUGGGAAUGUGAUGAAAGAAAUAAAAGCUUAAAUAAAUCAUUCUUUCAACAAUUAUUCUGACAUUUUCACAUUCUUAAAAUAAAGUGGUGAUCCUAACUGACCUAAGACAGGGAAUAUUUACUAGGAUUAAAUGUCAGGAAUUGUGAAAAACUGAGUUUAAAUGUAUUUGGCUAAGGUGUACAGUGGGGAAAAAAGUAUUUAGUCAGCCACUAAUUGUGCAAGUUCUCCCACUUAAAAAGAUGAGAGAGGCCUGUAAUUUUGAUCAUAGGUACACGUCAACUAUGACAGACAAAAUGAGAAACAAAAAUCCAGAAAAUCACAUUGUAGGAUUUUUUAUGAAUUUAUUUGCAAAUUAUGGUGGAAAAUAAGUAUUUGGUCAAUAACAAAAGUUUCUCAAUACUUUGUUAUACACCCUUUGUUGGCAAUGACACAGGUCAAACGUUUUCUGUAAGUCUUCACAAGGUUUUCACACACUGUUGUUGGUAUUUUGGCCCAUGCAGAUCUCCUCUAGAGCAGUGAUGUUUUGGGGCUGUCGCUGGGCAACACAGACUUUCAACUCCCUCCAAAGAUUUUCUAUGGGGUUGAGAUCUGGAGACUGGCUAGGCCACUCCAGGACCUUGAAAUGCUUCUUACGAAGCCACUCCUUCGUUGCCCGGGCGGUGUGUUUGGGAUCAUUGUCAUGCUGAAAGACCCAGCCACGUUUCAUCUUCAAUGCCCUUGCUGAUGGAAGGAGGUUUUCACUCAAAAUCUCACGAUACAUGGCCCCAUUCAUUCUUUCCUUUACACGGAUCAGUCGUCCUGGUCCCUUUGCAGAAAAACAGCCCCAAAGCAUGAUGUUUCCACCCCCAUGCUUCACAGUAGGUAUGGUGUUCUUUGGAGGCAACUCAGCAUUCUUUGUCCUCCAAACACAACGAGUUGAGUUUUUACCAAAAAGUUAUAUUUUGGUUUCAUCUGACAUUCUCCCAAUCCUCUUCUGGAUCAUCCAAAUGCACUCUAGCAAACUUCAGAUGGGCCUGGACAUGUACUGGCUUAAGCAAGGGGACACGUCUUGCACUGCAGGAUUUGAGUCCCUGGAGGCGUAGUGUGAUACUGAUGGUAGGCUUUGUUACUUUGGUCCCAGCUCUUUGCAGGUCAUUCACUAGGUCCCCCCGUGUGGUUCUGGGAUUUUUGCUCACCGUUCUUGUGAUCAUUUUGACCCCACGGGGUGAGAUCUUGCGUGGAGCCCCAGAUCGAGGGAGAUUAUCUGUGGUCUUGUAUGUCUUCCAUUUCCUAAUAAUUGCUCCCACAGUUGAUUUCUUCAAACCAAGCUGCUUACCUAUUGCAGAUUCAGUCUUCCCAGCCUGGUGCAGGUCUACAAUUUUGUUUCUGGUGUCCUUUGACAGCUCUUUGGUCUUGGCCAUAGUGGAGUUUGGAGUGUGACUGUUUGAGGUUGUGGACAGGUGUCUUUUAUACUGAUAACAAGUUCAAACAGGUGCCAUUAAUACAGGUAACGAGUGGAGGACAGAGGAGCCUCUUAAAGAAGAAGUUACAGGUCUGUGAGAGCCAGAAAUCUUGCUUGUUUGUAGGUGACCAAAUACUUAUUUUCCAGCAUAAUAUGCAAAUAAAUUCAUUACAAAUCCUACAAUUUGAUUUUCUGGAUAUUUUUUUCUCAAUUUGUCUGUCAUAGUUGAUGUGUACCUAUGAUGAAAAUUACAGGCCUCUCUCAUCUUUUUAAGUGGGAGAACCUGCACAAUUGGUGACUGACUAAAUACUUUUUUUCCCCACUGUAUGUAAACUUCCGACUUCAACUGUAACAUAUAUUUUUAAUUUUAUAGAUGAGUGCCAGUGCUCAGCAAUUUCACAGGAUAUAAAUGUUUAUAUAGUUCAGUAAAGGCAAUUAACUGGUUCUUCUGUGUCUUGUGUCCUCAGACUGUUGAUCUGGCAUCCCCUGGGAAGAAGGUGUGGCUUGGGGAGACUAGUUCUGCCUAUGGAGGCGGGGCUAAGGGGCUGUCUGACACAUUUGUCGCUGGAUUCAUGUGAGUGUAUGUCUGUGUGUGUUUGUGAUCACAGAAAGAUAGACCCAGUCAGUAUCAUACCCUGAUACCAUGUGAGCCAGAGUGAUCAUUUUCGUCUGACUGCUCCACUGUGGGAAGAGAGACUAUAGACAGCCUAGCUUUGCACGCUUAGUGCACUGGCAGCAGUUGAGUCAAUGAUGUUGUUAGUCUACUCUCAUGGAAGGGAAUCUCUGCUAUUUGGGAAUGUGGAUUUCAUUGAAUUUACAGGUCACCGGUCAGCCUGCGUCUCAUGAUCAGUUUUUCAACCAUGCCCUGUUCCAGGAAGGCUAAGAAAUAGUAGGCUUGCGUGCCAAAUUAUUUUAAAGGAAUCCCACAAAAAUGCAUGUGUCCCAUGAUGUAUCCAACAUUGAUUUAAUCCAGUGUGAGGGAAGUAUUUUUUUACAAAGGAUUACAUCUAAUGUAAUUCUCAUUGAGUCUGAAUACGGUUGGUUGUUUCUAGAUCAGAUUAUAUGUGGCUAAAUCUCAUUAUUGCCCCAAAAAACUUUAUAGUGUCUUGAAACAGUACUGCAGGGGUGGCAACCCUGUUCCUGGAAUGCCGCAGGUACUGCAGGAUUUUCUUCCAACUAGGCACCACACCUGACCAACUGAGCUAAUUGAUCAGUUCAGUGAUUGCCUAAAUUCAACACACCUGGUCCUCCUGGUUGGUUAAAUCAAAAACAUGAAGUGCCUGCGGCACUCCAGGACCAGGGUUGCCUACCCCUGCAGUACUGUAUUUGUGGUGUAAAAUAACUGUUUAAUGAUUACAGGUGGCUGGAUAAACUGGGCCUGGGUGCGAAGCUUGGCUUAGAUGUUGUAAUCAGGCAGGUUUUGAUUGGAUCUGGGACUUACCACCUGGUAGAUGAUAACCUCGAUCCACUUCCUGUAAGAGAAAUUGUUGUUUAUUCUCCUUCUGUCUUUUGAAUUCCUGAAAAAACGGCAAUGAUCAAAUUAAGUAUUUUUUAAAUUGUGACAAUGUUUGUAUCACUAUGGCAGGAUUACUGGCUAUCAGUUCUGUACAAGAGGCUUGUUGGACCAGAGGUGCUGAGUAUAGAAGCCUUUUCCAUUUUGGGAAAGAUGAAAAGAGUACGGGUCUACCUGCACUGCACUAACAAGAAAAGGUAUUUCACAAUCCAGCUGUAUUUAAAGAUGGAAUCUGUGUUAGGCGAAACAGCGCCACUGUUCGUCCCCAUAACCUUUGUUUUGUUGAUUAAAUGGAGGUGAGGAACCUCCAGCAGCAUGGUAAAAACAAUUGCAGCACAUAUUCUGCUGUUCUAUACGCAUGCAAUGAAACAAAGUGUUUGUUGUUUCCAGUAACUUCUUUGUUGUUGAAAUGUCUCAAACGGAUGUGGCAGUUUCACCAAUUUAAGGAUUCCAGCUUUAAGAUGUGAGACAACCAUCCUGUGUUUGUGAGACAACCAUAAUGUGUUUGUGAGACAGAUGUGAGACAACCAUCAUGUGUUUGUGAGACAGAUGUGAGACAACCAUCAUGUGUUUGUGAGACAGAUGUGAGACAACCAUCCUGUGUUUGUGAGACAACCAUCAUGUGUUUGUGAGACAGAUGUGAGACAACCAUCAUGUGUUUGUGAGACAACCAUCAUGUGUUUGUGAGACAGAUGUGAGACAACCAUCAUGUGUUUGUGAGACAGAUGUGAGACAACCAUCAUGUGUUUGUGAGACAGAUGUGAGACAACCAUCCUGUGUUUGUGAGACAACCAUCAUGUGUUUGUGAGACAGAUGUGAGACAACCAUCAUGUGUUUGUGAGACAACCAUCAUGUGUUUGUGAGACAGAUGUGAGACAACCAUCAUGUGUUUGUGAGACAGAUGUGAGACAACCAUCAUGUGUUUGUGAGACAACCAUCAGGCCUGUUCCUCAAUGUUAUCUUCCUCUCUUCUCCAGUACAAGCUACAAAAGUGGAGCAGUCACAUUGUUUGCUCUGAACCUGAGUAAGAGCCCUGUGAAGAUCGCUGUGCCUGCCAUGGUCUCUAACAGCACUGUAGAGGCCUUUGUUCUUCAGUCUGAACAGCCUGGCAAGGAGGGACUCUACUCCAAGUAGGCUACCAUUUAACCUUUAUUCCCAUCAAUGGGAUCACUAACCUUAAGUUUGUUUCUUGAACCUUUUUGCUAUGUUUUUAUUAGUACUGUACAAGUAAGUGUUACCUGUUUUGCUUUUGUCUUGCCUUGUAACAUUGUCAGUGUAAACAAUGCCGUGCUAAAAUACGAUAGAAAGGAGACUAACAGUGUGCUGUGAUCUCCAGGUCUGUGAAACUCAACGGAGAGGUGUUGAAGAUGGUGGAUGACAGAACUCUUCCAUCGCUCCAGGGAACCCCUCUUGCUGCAGGAGAACAUCUCAGACUCCCUGGUUAUUCCUUUGCCUUCUAUGUCCUCAGCAAGGCCCAGGCACUGGCCUGCCGAUGACCCCAACUGGAGAGGAGGACUUGAGAAGAUGGAGGUAAACUCACUGUCUAGACUAAGAGAAGGAAACACUUGACUAUUACUCUAAACACUGCUGUAUGUUUUUGCCAAAGAAUGUUAACCAGGUGAAUGUGGUGAAAGGAUUCAAUCAUUUUUAUAAAAUAAUUUUGUUUUCAUCUACAUAUAUUACAUUUUGUAUAUUUUUUAAACAUGUAUAGUCUUAAUACCUUGUGAGUAGUGUUUAAAUGUUCAAAGGAAUCCAAAGGUUUCAUUCCAUGUCUUGGUAGAAAAUGUUGUUUAGGCAAUACUUAAAUGUACUUAAAUGUACUAAACCUGAGCCUAAACACAACUUGUUUACAUUCUGUUUACACUUAAUAGUUGAAUUGUGCAAUUUUUGAUUUUAUGAACUUUCUGUUUGUGAUAUCUUUACCAAAUUAUUUUUGAUGAGAAAAUAAAUGCAGUAAUGAAUUCAAA